ACUUCAUGGGACAACUGGAUUUAGACAAAAGAAAAGUAUGGUGUUAUACCUCACAACCCUCCACUGCUAGAUUCCCUCGCGCCUGGAAAGAAAUGCUGGCCCUCGGCAGGCGGCUAUGACAAACCUCCGCAGGCGAGCCCGCCAGGCAUGUCAGGCCUGCAAUGCGCGACGCGUCAAAUGCAAUGUAACCGAGCAAAGACCUUGUCGCAAUUGUACGACAGCCGACACGCCUUGUGAACUACGCGAGUCGAGACGGGGCAAGCAUCCUCGCACAUCACGGCGAAACGCAAAGCCAGACAACCAAGCCGGGCUAAAUCAGACCGGAUCCUCGCCGUCUUUCAUCGACACAGGUCUUGGUGAUGAGUCGGUGGUAACUGAGAGUGACGAGCACUUUGCCGCAUCUCAAGCACUUGCUGAUCUCGCAAGACCCCGGGAAGUAGAAGGUUUGGAAGAUCAGCAAAUCAUCACAGUACAGCCUCAGUCGCCUGCAUUGGCACCAAACAAUAGGCAAGAAGAUGAUAGCUCGGUCUUCCUCGGCGAGUCGUCUUCAAUACGUUAUGUCACCAACAACAACCCAACGCCGCCAACAGCAGGUAUAUCACCACCAGAGAACUUGAGGUUCCUACAUGCCGUUCCUCACGCUGUAAGAGCUGAAAAUUUGCUGCCUGAUUGGGAAGUCGAACGCAGAAGGUCGAGGAUUCGUUCUCUCAGAGCAGAGGGCGUCUUUUCAUUCCCACCUGCGCCAGCGGUCGAGACGUUACUUAAGGCCUACUUUCAAUGGUUUCACCCAUGUUUUCCUGUCGUGGAUGAGAUAGAUGUCUGGGUGAGCUUCAGAGAUGGCACUUUGUCUCCUCUGCUACUACACGCGAUCCUCUUUAUAGCCGUCAUCCACUGCGAGGAAGACGCCCUACCAGCCAUCGGCCUGGGAGGCCGUCACGUUGCCAAGUGGGUAUUCUACAAUCGCGCAAAGGACAUUUACGAUGUCGAAUUUGAAUCAAAGAAAUUCACCGUCACCCAAGCUCUAUUUCUGAUGAGUUUUUGGAGGGCCGGCUUGCUCCUGGAGAAAGACGCCCGGCAUUGGCUUGGCGCAGCCAUCAGUCUUGCUCAGACAAAGGCGCUUCACCGCUCCUCGAGAUCUGCUACCACCGAGAAGAAGACUGAACGACUUUCUAGGCGCUUGUGGUGGGCCAUAUACGUCCGCGAAAGACAGUGUGCCGCAGCAUUGGGCCUACCGAAUAGGAUUCGAGAUGAAGAUUGCGACAUCGAGCCGCUGGGGGAACUUGACUUUGAACGCGCCUUCGACUCAAGUUUGCCGAAUCAAAAAGUACAAGAGUACAUCUCAUACUUCAUCGGCACAGCUCAACUCUCCAGAGUGCUUGGAAGGAUUGUGCAUAGCGGAUACCUCCCCAGCAAGUCACUAUCCCCGACCGAUCGGUCUCAAAUGAGAGACGACCUUGUGAGAUGGAGACAGCAGUUACCUGCAGUCAUGUCGUUGGCAAACAAUGACUUUGGCGAUGCGGCGGGCUUUUAUGCAAGUAUGUUGCACCUGGCCUACAACAACCUCCUCAUCCUGUUGUACAGAUCAGGUUGCAUUGGCACCGCAGAAGAGAGUAAAGAAGUGAAUGGGCAGAUCGCCCUUCAGGCCGCAGCAAGGAACUCCCGCAUCAUCGAGGAUAUGCUACUGGAGGGAAAUCUACGUCAUGGGCAGAUCCAUGCCAUUACAAACCUCUUUAAUACGCUUUGUAUACACACGGUCCAUCUUCGCUCUUCAAAUGGCGCGGUGAGAUCCAUCACCGAGAACAGGGCAAAGAUGUGUCUUUUGGGGUUGCAAGAGCUCCAGAAAACCUGGGAGGUCAGAAUGUGGGUCCUACAGUUGUUUUUCCAAUACCUAGAUCGAUCUACGGCGGCACGACUACGGAUGCAAGAUGACCUAUCUUUCGCAUCUGGACUUGACAGUGCGCAGGACGUCAGGACGGGUUCGAUGAUGGUGAACAACCUCGAUCAAGGGGCGGCUGAACACGAUGGGGAAUAUGGACUCGGCACUCUAUUGUCAUCGGAACCUCCAUGGUCAUGGUCCGCCGAAGAAGCGAAUCAAUUCCUAGUCGCACAGAUAGAGAAUGACUUUGCUUUCGGUGAGGGAGGCAUGUUGAACUGGAACUAGGGUAUGCCAGCCACUAUUUUGCCUAGCGACUCACCUGUAGCUGUGAACUUCUGAACACAUGUAUUCGUAAAUAGUCGACUAUCUUAAGGUCAACGGUCUUGAGGAUUAUGAACUUUUAUGUGGGUUUCGGUAGUGUGUUCUCAGCCACUCAGCGUGCCGUAAUGUCGAUUGAUUUUGCGUCUUGAAGAGUCGAGAUUUUUGUCGUUGUUGUUGUUGUUGUUGUU